UAUGGGCUAAAAAAUACAGGCCAUUACUUUGGACUCAAACUUGGGCUAAACAAGCUUUCGGCUCUAAUAUAUGAACAAAGAAAACCCUAAAUCUCUAUGUUGUUGUUGUUGCUGAAGAAACCCUAUCGUGAAACCAAACUCGGGUCUCAACUAUGACAUUCAAACGCAGGAAUGGUGGCCGCAACAAGCACGGUCGUGGCCAUGUCAAAUUCAUCCGAUGCUCAAACUGCGGCAAAUGCUGUCCUAAGGACAAGGCAAUCAAGAGAUUUCUUGUAAGGAACAUCGUUGAACAGGCCGCAGUUAGAGAUGUUCAAGAAGCUUGCGUCUAUGACCAAUACACCCUUCCUAAGUUGUACGUUAAGAUGCAGUACUGCGUAUCAUGUGCUAUCCAUUCUCACGUUGUGAGGGUUAGAUCUCGCACUGACAGGAGGAAGCGUGACCCUCCACAGCGUUUCGUUAGGCGCAGGGAUGAUGCACCAAGGCCGGGUCAGCCUGGUCAAGCACCUCGCCCUGCUGUAGCUGGAGCUGCUCCUGUCCGUGUCUGAAAGAAAAUAUCAAGAUUUUUAGUCGUGUUGGAUCAGUUUUAUGUGCCAAACCCGGUUUCCUUAUUAUUCAAUUUUUGGUUUCAUGUAGACACAUUAUACUGUUGCUCAAUUGCUUUACUUCUUGCGCAAUACCUACUUUUUGCAUUGAUAAUAUUGGGUGUCUUUAAUGAAAUUGUUAUUUGAUGUCAUGAGCGGAAUACCUACUUUUUGCAUUGAUAAUGUUGGGUGCCUUUAAUGAAAUUGUUAUUUAAUAUGUCAUGAA